AUGGAUCAAGUCAUUUUCUAUCAUAUUCUAAUCUUAAGUUUAUUCCAAUUAAGUCAAUCAAAUAAUAAUAAUAAUAAUAUUGCUUAUAAUAUUCCUGAUCCAGAUUGUACUGGUGUAUUUAAUUUAUGUACCGAUGCUGACAAAGAACGACUUGGUCGUCAAGCUAUAAAAUCAAUACAUGAGCAAAUGGAUGAUGAUAAAGAUGGAUUGAUUGAAGCAUCUGAAAGUCGUGACUUUAUUCAUGAAGAAUUAGAAUCCAAAACUGAUUCAGUACGACAUCGUCGUUUUCAAAAUGCUGAUUUACAAAUAACAUUUGAUGAUUUAUGGACACAAUGGAAAAAUAAUCCAGUUUAUAAUUGGACUAAUGAUGAUGUUAUUCAUUGGCUUGUUAAUCAUGUUCAUUUAUCAAUAUAUGUUGAAUAUUUUCGUCGAAAUCAAAUUGAUGGUCGAAUGAUUCCAAGAUUAGCAGCAAAUGAAAAGCAAUAUAUUUCAACAAUUAUGCAAAUACGUGAUCCAAGACAUAAAAGACGUUUAAUUAUCAAAGCUACAGAUAUUGUUUUAUUUGGUCCACCACAACGAACUCAUAGUUAUAUCAAAGAUAUAAUUUUAAUAUCAGCAUUGUUAAUAUCCGUUGCUGCUUGUCUAUAUGCGUUUAUUCGACAUCGUAAAACUCAAGAAAGCAUGAAUAAUUUAUUAAAAGAACUUGAAACAUUACAAAAAGCUGGAGGAGAUUUAAUUGCUGUAACUGGAAAAAUGAAAGCUAUGGAGAAUGAAUUACAAGAUAAACCAAAAGUUGAUCGAGGAUUAUUAAAUUCUUGGUUUAUUGAAGUACAACGAACUAAAGAAGAAGCUGAUAAAUAUCGAAAACGUCGUGAUACAACAGUUGAUAAUGAUAAACGACUUCGUUUAGCUAUUCAAGAAAUUGAACAAUUACGUAUUGCAUUACGUAAAGCAGAAGAACAUGCUCGUCAUCAAUCCUAUGAAGCACCAGCAGAAUUAAUUGAUUUAUUGAAACGUUCCUAUCAUAUUGAAGAAGCAUCUUUUGAAAUAAAACGCAAAUCAGCUGAAAAUGCAAUGCUAACAGCUAAAGAACAGAUGAAUAAAAUUUCAAAAAUGCAAAGAGGAUUCUUCGGUGCUGUGCGUAUUGCUCAUACAGGUUGUAUGGAUAAUAUUAGUGAAUUAAUCAAUGCAGCUAAAGAACGAUUAGCAGAAGUUCAUGAUGAAUAUGAAGAACGUGAACAACGUUGGAAUAGAAUUGCAUCAUUACUCGAUCGUACUGAUUUAGUUUGUACAUCAACUAUAACAAAUGAUUCGACUAAUCGAUCAAAACCAACAUCACUUGAAUCAACUGGUUUAAUUAAUUCAAACAAUGAUUCAACAGUAAUUGGUAAAGCAAACAGUCGAGGAUUAUCAACAAAUUCUCAACAAGAUACAAUUAGUCAAACUGAUACUGGAUUUGAACAAUCAAAUUCUCCAUCAACAACGUUGAAAAAUCGUUUCAUUACAAAUUAUCGUCCAUCCAAUGAACAUCAGUCAAAUAAUUCACCAAUACUUUAUUCAAGAUCAUCUAAUUGUCUCAAUGAUUUAAAUCGAAAUUCAACAAAUUUUCACCGUCCAAAUACUUAUGAAUCAUUUGAAAACUCAUCAAUAUCAAAACCUAAAAAACCAUCAUCUGAAGGUAUACCUGAUCGUCAAAUUUCUAAUAAUGAUUCUAUAUCUGAUGAUCAACAACAACAACAACAACAAUCUGAUGGAUAUUCACAAAUAAUAAAUUCAUCACCUGAUGAUCGUCAAUCAUUAUCAUCAUUUGAAAAAACACGAAAACAGCUCAUAUCAACAAAAUUUUUAAAAUCAUUUCAAAAUAUACGUUUUAGAAAAAAAAUUAACACUUCAUGA